AUGAGUAUUCUAUCACCGAAGAAGAAAAAUGUUUAUCUUGAUAAAAUAAAUGAAAAUUUAAUAUCAUUUUUUCGAUUUAUUGAAAAAUUUAAUCAAAUUUUUAAUGAAUUAAGUCAAUUAAGUAAUGGAGCAACAGUUCAUAUUAAUGAUAUUGAACGAAUUCUUGGAAAUAAUGAUGAUGAUGAUAAUAAUAAUAAUAAUAAUGAAGAUGAACAUGAAAAUGAUGAACAACAAUUAAUAUCUUAUCAUGAAAGAGAAUCAAUGGCUGGUGAAAAAUUAUGUCAAUUAAAUGAGAAUUUAAAUAUUUCAAUGCAUGACAUUCGACAAUCCUGGAAUACACUUGAAAAACAAGGUGCAGCAAUAUUAAAAUUAGUCCAUCAAUUACCUAAACUUAUUCGUCUAUUUCUGGAUACAACUAAAAAUGAUGCUGAUUUUAGUGAUUCAUAUUUUCGAUCUGAAAUUACUAAUCUUAGUGAUCAAUUUUCAAUUAUUGGACAAUUCUAUUACGAAUUAUGUCUUGAAAUUCAAAUCAAUUUUCUUGAUUUAUCAAAUAUGAAAAAAAUAAAACAUUUAGCAAGUAUUUUAGAUUUACUUUCAUCUCGAUCAAGUUCGAUUUCAGUUAAACAUUUACGUACACUUGCUAUUACAAGUGUUACAUUAACGUCGUCCUAUUUCUUCUAUAAUCAUGAUCAUCGACAAAUACCAAAUCGUUUAUUUUCUUUAUUAAAAGUCGAAGCUGCUGAUUAUGAACGAAGAAAUGCAAAAGUAGCGUCUAAUCGAAAGCAUUUUAUCGAUCAAAAAUAUAAAAAAAUUGAUGACGACGAUGAUGACGAUGAUGAUGAUGACGAUGAUAAAGAUGAAUCAAAGAAAACUCAUGAGACUGUAACAAAUAUCCGUGAAAAACGUUUUCGGGAUUUCGCUUCUGUGGAAUAUAACGGAGAAAUAUAUAUGACACCAGUGGAUUUUCUUGAGUCAGUUAUUGAAGAACGACCAAGACCUCGUGUUGGUCGUCGACGUUUCACUGAUAGUUUAGUGCAAUCUAUUUUAUAUAGUACACCACCAAAACAUCGAGGAUCAAAAAGAUUUUUUCGCAAUCUUGAAGAUGCUGGUCUUAUUUCAUUUUCGGAAUAUUUAUUUUUAUGGGUGAUUUUAACAAAACCUCAUACACAAUUUGAAAUUGCAUUUGCUAUGUUUGAUACGGAUGGUAAUCAAUUGGUUGAUAAACAUGAAUUUCUUGUUCUUGGAAAAGUCAUGAGUGAUAAACGUAUGAUGAAUCGACCAACAGCAAAACCAAUGUUAAGUGAACAUUUGACUUCUCCAAAUGAAAGUGAAGGCAUGUAUACAACGUUACUUAUACAUUUUUUUGGAAAAAAUGGUCGAGAUACAUUAAAUUAUACAGAAUUUAAACGAUUUAUGGAAAAUCUUCAAACGGAAGUACUUGAACUUGAAUUUACAGAAUUUUCACAUGGUUUUAAAACAAUAUCUGAUUUGGAUUUUACUGAAAUACUUUUACGCUAUACAGAUUUUGAUCGUGAUACAAAAAAGUCUAUUUUAAAGAAAGUUCGAAGGUCAUCAGAUCGAUCAGAUGGUAUUACAUUUGAACAAUUUCAACAUUUCUUUGCAUUUCUUAAUAAUCUUGAAGAAUUCAGUAUUGCUAUGCGUUUUCAUCAAUUAUCAAAUAAACCAAUUUCACAAGCGGAAUUUCAACGAGCUGUAAAAAUUUCAACUGGUUUUGAACUUGAAUCAAAUAUAAUUGCUCUUAUAUUUCGAAUUUUUGAUGCAGAUGGUGAUCAGCAUUUAAGUUACGAUGAAUUUAUGUCUGUUAUGAAAAAUCGACUUUCUCGUGGUUUUCAGACAUCUAAUCCUUCUGAUGUAUCAAGUUCAAAGUUUGAUCAAUUUAAACACUGUUUUCGUGAGCGAGCUAAAUGUACACAUCUCUUGAAGAUGGAUAAUGAAUUAAAUGUAUUUCGCGAACCGUUGAGUGACAGAACUUCUAUUGAACAACAACAACAACAAGAGACAAACAUUAUUGUUGAUAAUUAUUUAUCAUCAUCAUCAACUUCAUUAUCAGAUAUAAAUGAUGAACAUAAACAAAAAUCAAUUGAAACACAAGUAACAAUUAUUAAAAAGAAACGUACAAAAUGGCAUGUAUACGAUACAGUAGCCAAAUUUUUAUUGAAAAAUCGUUUUUAUUUAACUGCACUUGAAUUUUAUACUGAAUUAUUAGAAAAUGGUUAUGAUUUACCACGUUUACGUGAAUAUUUUUCUAAUCCAGCUAAUUUUGAAGGUUCAUCAAUAACAUCAAUAAAUAAACAAUCAACAUUUAUUCGUAGUCUUAGUCAUUAUGCUGAUGAUUCUGUAUCACUUGGAGGUGGUGCUGGUGGUGCUGGAAAUGGUGAUUUUCUACCUCGAACAUCAAGUAGUCAAACAUUUGAUUCAACAUCUAUUGAUAAUAUAACACGUUAUUCGGAAGAUAUUGAUUGGAAUAAUGGAUAUGGUAAUGGUGGAGCAAUGACAAGCGGUAGUGGAAUUGGUGAACUACGUGUUAAUGAUGAACGUGUUGCUGUUUUAGAAUUCGAAUUAAGAAAAGCACGAGAUACUAUACAAGAAUUAAGACAAACAUUAACUUAUGAUUCAGCCGAUGAACAACAACACCAACAACAAAAUAAAAAACUAGAAGAUAGAAAUGGAAAAUAUCAAGUUUAUCCAUUCUCUUCGAAUUCAACACAACCAUUAAUUCCAUCAGGAUUAACUGCUCGUCCAUUUGAACGUCGUGCAUUAAAUUAUUUAGUUAAUGAAUAUCUUCUAACAAAUAAUUAUAAAUUAACUAGUGUAACAUUUGGAGAAGAAAAUGAUACAUCAGAUUUAGAAGAUUGGGAUAAUGUUGGUUUAAAUUGUUCACGACCACCUGAUUUAACUCAAUUAUAUCGUUGGUAUUGUCAUCAAUUAUGUAUUGAAGAUGAAAAACCGAAAAAAGAAGAUUUUACAAUGUUAGUUAAUUUUGAUGAAAAUUUUCAUGAUGAAUAUGAAAAUUUAAAAAUAUCAGUAAAACAAAUGCAACUUGAUCUAAUUGAAUAUAAUAAACGAAUAAAUCAUAUAGAAGAAGAAAAAUUAAAUCUUAAUGAAGAAAUUCUUUCAUUACAACAUGAAAAGAAAAAUCUUUUAAUACAAUUACAACUUUUACAAAAUCGUUUAACAUCUGAUGAAACAUCAAAUACAAUGAAAAUGGAAGAUACAAUACAAUUAAAUUCAUCUAGACAUUUACCACAAGUUUAUCGACGUGCAUUUGAACGUCAUUUAUUAUCUUAUCAUAUUAAUGAUGACAAACAAGAUGAAGAAAUUGAACUAAAUCAUGAUUCUGAACAAAAAAUAUUAGAAGAUGUUAUUCAUGAAUUAAAUACACUUUCACUUGAUCAGAAAGAUUUUUUAGAUUUAAUUGUACGAACUAUAAUAAAAAUAAAUUUAAAUUUAAAUGGAUCGAAAAAAUUAGAUCUUGUCCCAUUAAUAACUUACACAUCCAUAUUACAUCCGACAAAUGAUGAACGUGAUCGUUUAUUAAAAACAUUAUUUAAUCUAUAUAAAAAUCCUUCGUACCAACAACGACAAGUUUUAUUACAUGCUUGUCUUUGUUUUGCUAAACAAAGUGGUCCAUUACGUGUACAUGCUGAAUUAUUACCACAAUGUUGGGAAAAUCUAAAUAAUAAAAUUGAUGAAAGACGUUGUCUUGUUGCUGAAGCAUGUGGAAUAUUAACACCACAUUUGCCAAAAGAUAUUCGUGUUAGUUUGAUAUUUUCAAUGUUACAACAAAUGCUUAGUGAAGAUAAAUGCGACCAAGUACGAUGUGUUUGUAGUAAAAGUUUAUCUAUGGUUAUUAAUGAAAUAGAUGAUGAAACUCGACUAUCUCAAUGUAUUGAAUUACUUGAUCGAUGUUUAUUGGAUACAACUGAUGUUGUACAAUCAGCUAAAAAAUAUUUAUUACCGUCCAUUGCUAUGUGGUGUCUUGAAUUAAAUAAGAUUUGUUCUGUUUUAAUUGAACAUUAUUUAAUUAAAAUUGAAUCUCUUGUUCAAAAUAUUCAAAAUUCAUCAUCAAUUGAUAAUCAACGUUUUAUUCAAUUCAUUCAUAUAUUGACUGAUUUAGUAGUAUUUAUUUUUGCAUCUGCUUUGAAAAGUAUGACAUUAGAUAAUGAUCUAUCUCAAGCAAUAUCAUCAACUCGAACAUUACCAGAUACAAUAUCAUCAGAAUUUUAUCAAUUAAAUAUGAUUUUAUCACCAAAUAGUGAAAAAUUACUUAAUCAUUAUGAUCAAUGUGCCAUUAAUGGAGAAUUUCCAUUUACAGAUCAGAUUCAAUUAUAUUUAGAUGCUUUUUUAAAACGUUCAUUUGAUACAAUGGCAGUUAUUGAUAUAAUGAAUGGUAAAUUAAUUCAUGCAUGUAGUGAAUUUAUUAAAAUGAUUAGUCGAUAUUUUGGAAGAAAUUUUUGGAAAUUAAAAAUCAAACCACUUUAUGUUACAAUAAAUUCGCCUACAUCACACGAUGAAAUUCGACCAACAACGUUUGUUCUUUAUGCGACUGGUGUAUUAUGUUCUUGGACAACAGAACAAGAACGAGCCGAAUUAACGCAAUAUAUAUAUGACGCACUUCUUCUUGUUGCUAAUCAAAAAUUAUCGAUACAUACUUUACAAGCAAUGUAUGCAGAAAUUGGAUCUGAUACACAUUUUCAAGAUAUAUUAUUAAGUAUUCUGCGAGAUUCUCUAACAAAUACAAACCCACAAGUUCGUUUAUAUACUCUACAAUUAUUUAAUAUUACAUUAACAUUUGUUGAUCAUUCGACGAUAUCCCAUAAGAUUCUGCCAGCUUUGAUUACACUUGCAUCUGAUGAUGAUAUAACUGUUCGAACAGCAACUAUAUCAGUAUUCGGAUCAAUUAUUAUUCAAUGUUCAGAGCCUGAAAUUCUCGAACGAGUUUAUGCUCAAUUUCAAAUAUUUGAUAAUGAUACAACAUUUCGUGAUGAACAUCGUGUUCAAAGUGAAUUUAUAAAAACUUUUACUCAAAUUGCACCUUAUGCUGAAAGUAAAUUUCGUGAAGAUUUUAUUCUUCCUUUUUUGGCGUUAAUUGCUUCACAAAAUUCUCAACAACAAUCAGAACGUGGUCAAGCAAAACGUCUUGAAAUAGCUACCUAUUUAUUUGAAGCAUAUAGUGCAUUAUCCUGUUGUCUUCAUUCGGGUCAAUCAAUAUUAAAUAGUUUCUUACCAGGUCUUUAUUGCUUACGUGUAGAUUUUGCACAAUUAAGACCUGAUAGUGUUGCUGUAUUAGAUUCCAUUAUUAAAGAUCUUGAACAUAAACUUGAGCAAUAUCGACAAGAUAGUUCAUUAUUAAUCGGUGGUACAAAUCUCAAUCAAGAAAAUAUUCGAGGACGAAUGCUCAAAGGUUUAACGAAUUUUCGAGAUUCAACUGAAAAGUUAACUUAUAGAUUUAUGAAAAAAAAAUAA